AUGGCGACGGCAAUUGUUUCACGCACCAAUAGGUUCAAUACCAAACUGACUGACUAUUCGGUGCCUCAACGCGAAAAAUUGGGCACAAAUGUCGAUAUCAUGGAACUUGAUGCGCUCGUCGUCGGCGCCGGAUUCGCUGGUGUCUUCAUGCUUAAGACUCUUCGCGAUCGCGGGUACAAAACCGCCAUUUUCGAGGCUGGAGACGGCCUGGGUGGUGUUUGGAGAUGGAAUUGUUACCCUGGCGCGGCCGUUGAUUCAGAAAUCCCAGUAUACGAAUUUUCUUGGCCGGGGGUCUGGAAAACAUGGACCUGGUCUUCCAAUUACCCCCAGUAUCGGGAGCUACGGGCGUACUUUGACCACGUUGAUAAGGUCUUUGACAUAAAGAAGGACUGUUCGUUUAACACAGUUGUUACUAGCGCCAGCUUCGAUACUUCAUCCGGUAAAUGGAGCAUUCGUACAGAAGAUGGGCGAACGGCCAUAGCCAAGUAUCUAAUUCUCGGCACCGGAUUCGCUUCAAAACGUCACAUCCCUGACUGGCCUGGCGUAGACAAGUUCCAAGGGGCCCUUCACCACUCCUCAUUCUGGCCAGAGGAGGGCAUACAAGUGGAAAACAAACGAUGCGCCGUGAUCGGCACGGGGGCUUCCGGAGUGCAACUCGUUCAGGCAUUGGGUCCGAUUGCAAGCGAACUGAAAGUCUUCCAGCGAACGCCCAAUCUUGCCCUACCUUUUAACCGCAGGUCGCAAUCACGGGCGGAGCAACACGGCAACCAGGCGCUAUAUCCCGAGCUGUUUCGGUUGCGCGAGACGACAUUUGCUGGGUUUCAUUAUGAUUGGAUUGAAAAGAACACAUUAGAUGACAACGCAGAAGACCGAGAGGCCGCGUACGAAGAAGCAUGGCAACAAGGAGGAUUCAAGUUCUGGCUCUCCCUGUACAAGGAUCACUUGAUGAAUUCCGAAGCCAAUAAGCUGUCGUACGCAUUCUGGGCCAAAAAGGUCCGCGCUCUUAUCGAUGAUCCACGAAAGAGGGAUAUCCUCGCACCUGAAACGAUGCCAUAUCACUUUGGCAUAAAGAGACCAUCUGUCGUGGACUCUUACUACGAGCAAUUCAACCGCCCUAACGUUGAUGUCAUUGAUAUCAAGAAGAAUGGCAUCAAGAGCUUCACUGAGACUGGCAUCACACUUGAAGACGGCACGCACCACGAGUUUGACGUGAUAGCAGUCGCUACUGGAUUUGACGUUUCAACCGGAGCCAUGACACAGCUCGGUUUAGAGAGCAUCAAAAAUGUCAAACUUCAGGACGAAUGGGCCUCUGGCGUAGACACGUACCUAGGCUUAACCGUCAGCGGCUACCCAAACAUGUUCCACAUCUACGGCCCCCACGGGCCAACCCUUCUCAGCAAUGGCCCAUCCACUGUCGAGAUCCAAGGACGCUGGGUUGCCGACAUGCUUGACAAGAUCCAACGCAACAACAUCAAGUACGUCAAUGCGAAACCCGAAGCAGCCAUGGAGUGGAAGAAACACAUUGUGAACCUGAAUAAUAUGACGUUGAUUCCGACUGAGGCUAGGUGCCCUUUCAUGGGGGGAUCUAUCCCCGGUAAAGUGAAUGAGCCGAUGAGUUAUGCGGGUGGAGUUGCUGGUUACAAGGCUGAGAUUAGAGCUGCGUUGGACUCUAUGAAAGGGUUUGAAGUAGUCUACCGUUGA